AUGUCUAGCUCCAUCGUUGCUGAUGGAGUAGGUGCGCAGCCCCAGCUCCACUCCCCACUGCUGGGCCGCCUGGCCGCCCUCGAGCUCGACAACUCCCCCGUCAUCGUGGCCCUGCUCCUCGUGCUGCUCGUGCCUGUUGCCGCGAGCGUCCUCUUCCGAGCAAAGAAGGGCAAGCGCGCCCCCUUGAUGAACCCUCCCGGCUUCUUCCAAACCAAGACCCAGGUGAAGAGGAACUACCUGAAAAAUGGGCUCAAGAUAUUCAACGAUGCAAAGCGACAAUAUCCCGGACAGCCGUUCAAGGUCAUUGCCAGCGCCGGCACAUUCACUAUCCUUCCCAGCGAUCGGGCGAAUGAGGUGAAGAGCAUACCGCCGGAAAAGCUCAACUUCAGGGCACAAUUUAGCGAUAUAUGCCCCAUCGACAUAGCCGGCUUUGGUGCUUUAACCAUGUUAAACCACCCGCGAGGAAUUGUUCAGGCAGUGGUAACGAAGCGGUUAACGAAGCGGCUUGCCACCGUCACAAGCCCUCUCGCCCAGGAAACGAAAUUUGCGAUGUCGAAGGUUUUUGGGGAGAAUAACGAUUGGGCUGAGGUGACAAUCUACCCGGGCUUGCUCGAUGUUGUCGCCCGAGUCUCCUCACGCAUCUUCCUCGGGCCCGGCCUCUGCCGCAACCUCGAAUGGCUGGACAUCACAAAGAAUUUUGCCUCGCACCUGAUGAUGGGCAUGUCAGGCAUUCGAGUAUUCCCGAAACUUCUCCGGCCUUUCGCGCACCUGAUCGAUCCUACAGUUAGGGAGAUGCGCUCGCGCUACUUUCAGGCCAAGGUAAUCGUCGACGGACUCGUCCAGCAGCGCGCAAAGGAGCGAAAGGAGUGUCUGGCCAGCGGCCGGCCGGUGCCGGUGUACAACGACUCUAUCGAGUGGGGCGAGCAGGAGGCCGACGGCGCCGCCUUUAACCCGACAGACCUGCAGCUUUUACUCUCGUUCGCUGCCAUCCACACAACUUCGGAUCUGGUCACCCAAACGAUGUUGCAUUUGGCUUCGGAGCCGGAAAGCAUCGAGGCCCUUCGGCAGGAAAUGAUCGAUGUUCUGCCGGUCAGGGGGUGGAAGAAAACGUCUUUGUUUCAGCUGAAGCUUCUCGAUAGCGCCGUGAGGGAGGCGCAAAGGACCAAGCCCUUGUUCUUGGCAAACAUGAUCCGAUCUGUGAUGGAAGACGUCACGUUGGAAGAUGGGACCCUACUAUCUAAGGGCGAGCUUGUCGCUGUGGACGCUACGAACCUCUGGGACGCCGAAAGAUACAAAAACCCGGAAAAGUUCAACAUUCGCCGGUUCCUUGACAUCCGCCAGAACGAGCCCGGCGGCGAGCACCGGGCCCAGCUCGUUUCCAGCGCGUCGGAUCAUAUCACGUUUGGCUACGGCAAGUACAUGUGCCCCGGCCGCUUUUUCGCCGCCAACGAGAUCAAGAUGAUACUCUGCUUCAUGAUCAUGAACUACGACUGGAAGCUCGCGCCGGGCACGACGCUAGAGCCCAUCUACUUGGGCACGGAUCCGAUGAUAAACCACGAGGCCAAGCUGAUCUGCCGCCGGCGGGAAGCCGAGAUUGAUCUGGCUUCGCUCCAGGCGGAGCAAGAGUAGCUGCGCCGCCAUGUCGGGCAGGGGCGCCACCAAUGACUGUCGGUUCUGGUACGAGCAGGUGCCGGGAAGCCGCCUUGGCUCAGAUUCUUACGGAUGGCAGCGUGUUCAGUAAUCGC